GAGGAAACACCUUUCAAGAGAGCCAGGGUGGAAAAUGGGGCACUUCAGUUCUCAACUUGUAAUCUAAUAGGGGGGUUGUUGCUUUUAGCAGAGUCUGACUUUCUGAUAUGGCAGUGGACGCGGCCUCUAGUUUUACUUUUUGUCGCCCUGCGGUGGAGUACAGGGCUCUUCCUGAGGACUUCAAGUACCAGUUGAGUCGUUGUGCAGGUGGAAACCUUACCUGGCAUGAAGGGCACAACCGCAAAACUGCAGGCGGUCGAACGGUCAAACUACUGCAGCAGCCUGGAACAGAAGGACUUCAGUUACGUUCAGGUGAAUCUUACUCCGUUUACCACACCAGCCCCACCUUGCCGUGUCUCUCCAGGCCAGUGGUUUUGUGGUCUCAGCAGGACGUGUGCAGAUGGCUAAAGAAACACUGUCCGCACAACUACUUGACCUACGUGGAAGCCUUCUCCCACCACGCCAUUACAGGUCGCGCUCUCUUGAGAUUGAAUGGUGAGAAGUUGGAGCGGAUGGGCUUGGUUCAGGAGACUCUGAGACAAGAGCUUCUCCAGCAGGUUCUGCAACUGCAAGUACAAGAGGAAGGGCGCAACUUACAGCUGCUAAGCAGAGGGCUCUCUGGAAACCUGUCAUAGCUUCACCCAUGCGUGUGGUUCUUCUUCCAGACCGCCUGCACUCUGAAGGGACAUCAAUAUGUCUGGUCAGGUUGAGGCCAGAGACAUUUGACUGGAGCUGUCAGGGACUGGAAUACACAGUGAGGGACUGGUUUCACUUACACCGCUCAACCCCCAAAUCCUUAUCAUGCUUAUGGAAACCUUCAAAAAAAAAAGGAGCUUUCUCUAACACCCAUUGAUUUACCUACCCCAGAUCUGCUUCAAAAUGCAAACACAAGAUGCAGAGGAAUGCUGAAUCUAUAUCUGAUGAAGGUGGACGCAGCUGUCUGUGCCAAAGCUCCCUGGAUUUCACAAAAUCUCUGAUCCAGUUGAAAGAGGCUCAGUGGUAACCUGGAUGUCUGGUAAUGCUAUCAGUAUGUGCAAGAACUACAAAAAUAUGCCUGUAGAAAACUGGAUUGUUGACUAUUUUCUGCUGGAAUGUGAACAUGUCCAUCAAGACUAUUGCAUAAUCAAUUGUAUUAGUGUUACAUUUCCUGUAGAACCUCUUUUUUUCAUUGGAGAUGCACCUAAACCUCCAUUUCAGACAUCUGGCUAUAGGAUGUUUGGGUUGAUUGUUUCUUUUUAGUUUCUUCUGUUAAGAGAUUCUGUUUCUAAGAAUGAAGAGAUAAAAUACGUCUGAACUAGUUCGACCGUGUGAUAAUGACAACAGCAUUUACACUGAAAUGAUAAGCAUCUUUGGCCACAGAGGCUGUAUUUAUGUUAUGUAAAUUACAAAGCUCUUUAAGCCUGGGAGAAUCGCAGAUGACAGAUGUGAGGUUAAGGCAAACAGAUGACAUUCUCCAUUGUUCUCUUAAAAAGAGACUCGGGUUAGGACUUGCCUGAGAGACCAUUUAAAAAAAGAAAAACAUCAAAAGAUCAAGAUUAUAAAGUGAGAAAACUUGAAGGUGGUUGGAGACAAUGAAACUGUACCCCAGCA